AACAUUUUGUUCUCCUUACUCACUACAGAGAGAUGCAGACUGAAAAGCAGACGUUUACAUUCACCUUCAGACCAAGCUAACAACUUCCUCUAAGUUCAGUUACAGGAGAGAAAAGUAGAAAACUGCUGCUUCAACCUGCCAUUUCAACACUGAAAGUCUCAGUCGCGUCUGCCUGCUGACACAGUAACAACCUCUGCGGCUCUCAGCUGUUUCAACAUUUGAUUUUGCUCAUCUCAACCUGAUUGUCAAUAUGAAGAUCGCAGCUUUCAAUGUCAAGAAGCUGGGCUGGAGAAAAGUCAACAAAGUGCUUGUGCGGACAAAUCUUAUCAAGAUUGUGUCUCGGUACAGCGUGGUGGUGAUGCUGGAGGUGGUGGAUCAAAGUGGCAAGGCCAUGGAUAAGUUCCUCACUGAACUGAACAAUUCCAGAAAGAACAAACGUCAUCCAUACGCUAUGAAGUGCAGUAAAUCUCUGGGACGAAGCUCCUACAAGGAGAAGUUUGUCUUCUUCUACAGACAGGCUGAAGUGAGUGUGAUCGACACCUACCAGUACAAAGAAGGUCAUAAAGAUGUGCUCGCUAGAGAGCCCUUCAUUCUGAAGCUCAAGUGUCCAAAUACAGUUGUGCAGAACUUGGUGCUGAUCCCAGUCCACACCAAACCAGAGGAUACGCCAAGAGAGCUGGACGCUCUGCAUGAUGUUGUCAAAGCUGUGAAGAAAAGAUGGCGCACGGAUAACAUUAUGAUUUUGGGGGACUUUAAUGCAGACGGGCAUUACCUCUCCGAGAAGAAGAAGAAAAAGAUCCGCAUCUGCUACCGUCCGUACCAUUGGCUGAUAGCUGAUGAUGUCGACACCACGACAAGUCACUCUAAUGACCACACCUAUGACAGGAUCGUGGUGUUUGGCAAUGACAUGUAUAAAGCUGUAGAGCCCGGCUCAGCUCAGACUUUCAACUUUCAGAAAGCUUAUCGCCUGUCUAAAGCCAAAACUCAAGACAUCAGUGACCACUACCCUGUGGAGGUGGAGUUGAAGGAAGAGGAGGAGGAUGACGGGGAAGAGGACGACGAGGAAGAGGAGAAUGAGCAGCCCAAGGACGAUUAUUCUGCAUUUUACCAUCCUUAUUAUUAUUAAUUUUACAAACACAUUUAAUUUUGCUUUGCUGCAAUAUAAUAAAUUAAAAAUUAUCUUAACCAUUAUCUUACUUUGACCAU